AUGGAUAUGAAAAUGGACAACUUUACUACACCCUCUGCAGCUCCUCUGGAAGGCGACUGUGACCUCUACGCCCACCACCGCACAGCCAGGAUCCUCAUGCCUCUGCAUUACAGCAUCGUCUUCAUAAUUGGGCUCGUUGGAAACUUGUUGGCCUUGACCGUCAUUAUUCAAAACAGGAAAAAAAUCAACUCUACCACUCUAUAUUCAACCAAUUUGGUGAUUUCAGACAUACUUUUCACCACUGCCCUGCCUACACGGAUAGCCUACUAUGCACUGGGCUUUGACUGGAGAAUUGGCGAGGCCUUGUGUAGGAUAACUGCUCUCGUGUUUUACAUCAACACGUACGCAGGCGUGAACUUCAUGACCUGCCUGAGCAUUGACCGGUUCUUUGCUGUGGUGCACCCCCUGCGGUACAACAAGAUGAAAAGAAUUGAACAUGCAAAAUGCAUUUGCAUAUUUGUCUGGAUUCUCGUAUUUGCUCAAACACUCCCACUGCUCAUAAAACCUAUGUCAAAGCAGGAGGCUGGAAGGACUACGUGCAUGGAAUAUCCAAACUUUGAAGAAACCAAAUCUCUCCCCUGGAUUCUGCUUGGUGCAUGUUUCGUAGGAUAUGUACUUCCGCUCAUAAUCAUUCUUAUCUGCUAUUCUCAAAUCUGUUGCAAGCUCUUUAAAACUGCCAAACAAAACCCAUUAACUGAGAAAUCUGGUGUAAACAAAAAGGCUCUCAACACAAUUAUUUUUAUAAUUGUUGUGUUUGUUGUCUGUUUCACACCUUAUCAUGUUGCAAUUAUUCAACACAUGAUUAAGAAGCUUCGCUUUCCUGAUCUCCUGGAAUGUAGUCCAAGAUAUUCAUUCCAGAUAUCUCUGCACUUUACAGUAUGCCUGAUGAACUUCAAUUGCUGCAUGGACCCUUUUAUAUAUUUCUUUGCAUGUAAAGGGUACAAGAGAAAGGUCAUGAAGAUGCUGAAACGUCAAGUCAGUGUAUCAAUUUCCAGUGCCGUGAAGUCAGCCCCUGAAGAAAACUCACGUGAAAUGACGGAAACUCAAAUGAUGAUACAUUCCAAGUCUUUAAAUGGAAAGUAA